UUGGUGUUUUGCUUCAUCUUUCAUUGUUUCAGCGAGGAAAUUAGCUCUGAUGUUAGCGACGAAUCCGUGGAAGUUAUUGACACGCACGUUCAGACCGACAUAUCACAAUUCCAAAUAGAUGAGAUCGUCCUGCGAUUAGCUGCUCUUCAGGCAAGUCGAAACCUCCAAAAUGACGACGACUCCGACAAUGCUGAAUCUUCGCUACUGUGCAUUGGCAGAAAGUCAAAAAAGAGGAAUCAUUUGGAAAGCGUUGGGGACAAAAGCGUAGCCGAGAUGACGGACAAGGAAAUACUCACAACGAUGCUACAAGUGAUGACACAAUCCAUGGAGACGGAUCCCAUCCCGCAGAAAGCUAUGAAGGAUCAUGGCGUAAACACUCAACCACAGGUGUACAUAUCUUGUGGUGUGUCCACUCAGCCAGUCUCCUACAGAACGCAGUCGGUUGAAACCGAUACUAAUGACGUCAUCAACCGCAGUGUCGAAACGGACGAUGCGAUGCUGAUCGACCAAAGUAUGGAGACGUCCAGGAGCGAGUGUGUGGACGCUGAGAACGAUGCCGCCUCGGACAUGUCAUGGGCAGAGAGAGUCCGUCGUGACAUGAUGACAUCACCAAUACUUCGACGGCUACUCUUCAAAACGAUCAACGCAAGUAGCCAUUCCGGAUCGGCAGAAGACGCUCACAGCAACACGGAUCACUCUCAGCAAACGUCAAUCAUUAUUGAACCCACUCGGUCAACCGUUGAUCAGGAGCAACAGAUGUCAUUACAUAGCGAUAUCGACCACUCCCAGCAGACGUCAAUGAUUAUCGAUCAUCGUGUAUCGGGUAUUGAUCAGCAGCAACAAACCUCGUUAAGUAUCGAUCGUCCUCCGUUAGGUACUGAUCAGUGGCAGCAAACCUCAUGUAGUAUAGAUCGGCCACCACGCCUUCUCGACGACGCCGCUACUCAGUCAUCACCGGACGUCAUCGACAAGAUGACUGCACCAAUGAUGGCAUUACCGCUAAAUCGGUUGCUGCAGACAUCGCAGGACGAGAUGAUGAGUCGGUCUCAACAGACUUCCGAGGAAUUGCUCAAUGUUCUGAUGGAUUCCCGGCAGCUAGUAGUGGUCUCGACAGGCGUCGGGCCUGAUGAAGGUAUGUGGGAUUACUCCGUUACAGAGACAACGAGUCAUGCAACUCUUCCAGAGGCCGAAUCAUAUCACUCGUGCACAGACUGGAAUCUCCUUGGCACUAGCAGUUUCUGUGACGCACGAAUGGCGGACAGUAUUGAGAUGAGUACUCAGUGCUCUCCACCACUGUCACGAUCCGUCACCACUCAGAACAGCAAGAAUCUGGGAGUAACAAAUACAAGAGCGAGGUCUAGCUCAACGUCAGGACUCGGCACAAGCAUCUUCGACGACGAAACUCGUCAGGAGGUGAUUAUCCAAACAGACGACUCGUACCUGAAGAUAGCUCGGCGAUUGGACGAAUACCGGUCGAAUCGAACUCAGUUUCUGCCCGUGGUCGCCGCGUCACCGCUGGAAUCUCGCGACAUCGAACCUUUCAAAACUGAUCGGCCCUCUGAAAGACGAGGAUUUUACGUGGACAUUAAAGGGCUUCAACGAAGGAAUUCCAUCAAGCCUAAACGAAGAAUGAGCCAUAAAUUAAGGUGA